AUGGCUGCACCGCCUCAGGCAGAAAUAAUUGAUGGCAUCAAGACCUUCAUCCCACUUGAGAACAACCCCGAUGUCAUGAAACUUCUCUGUGAGAAUCUCCAGAUCUCAGGGGAUCUCGACUUUCAUGACAUCAUCUCAACCUCUCCAGAAUUCCUUCAAGAGUGCUAUUUCCGACCUUGUCACGCACUUAUUGUCCUCGCAGACCGAACUAUAUAUCAAGCUGCCCGCUCAGCAGUUGAGCCAACCAUCUCAGAGUACAAAGGCUCAGGUCCCGAUGAACCAGUUCUCUGGAUGAAACAGACUAUCGGUCAUGCUUGUGGGCUGAUGGCUCUGCUGCACGUAGUCUUCAACCUGGAAGGUGGUCGAUAUGUGCGCCCCGGUACGGAAAUAGACGCACUCCGUCAAGAAGCUAUUCAUCUUGGGCUUACAGAGCGAGCGCAGUUGUUGUAUGACUCCAAAUUUCUUGAACAGGCGCACAUGGAUGCCGCAUCGCGUGGAUCUUCAAACGUCCCCUCACCUCGUGACGAUAAUCGACACCAUUUCUUGGCCUUCGUGCAGAAGGAUGGGAAAGUCUGGGAGUUGAAUGGGGGGAUGAAUGGACCCUUAUUCCGAGGAGAACUCGGUGAAAGGGAGGAUCUCUUAAAUGAGCGAGGGCUAGAGCUCACUGCCCAAGACUUCUUGAUUGCUGCUGAACAGUCUGGAUGCGAUGAGAUGAGUAUCGUCGCAAUUUCUGGGGGAAGGUGA